GCCAGCCUCUAGAGAUAUAAGAUGUAGAUUGUUUGUAAUCGACUUAUUUUUAUUUAAUGCUGUGAACUCUUCCUCUCAGUGAUGCUGCGGCGGGGCGUCCAGACAACAUGUGCAGUGCGCCGCCAGUGAGUUCAGCCCCUUCGGCUGGAGACUCGGGUUUAUCUGGAUCCAAGAAGAGGAACGCCAUUCGGGAGCAGCGCGCGGGGACUGAGAGAGCACCGGGAACCGGGGAUUUGACCUUUUUGUUUUCCGUCACCACAUCGAGACUCGGGUUUGUGAGGAGCGAGCCGAGGAGCCAUGGCGGUGUUCUCUGCGCUUUGGGUGCUCUUACUGUGCCAGCUUUUGACGUCAUCCCUUGCCCAGAGGCUGGGCCCCAGAGGAGCUCUUGGGCCCCAAGGACCCGGAGGGCCACUGGGAAAGGACGGCACUGAUGGCAAACCUGGACCUGCUGGACUGCCAGGGAAGACAGGUCCCAAAGGGAAAGAAGGAGCUCUAGGAGGAGCAGGGAAACCGGGCCUGCCGGGACUCCCCGGGGUGGACGGUUUGACGGGUCCUGAUGGUUCUGCUGGGAAGGACGGACCCCUGGGGCAACCAGGGGACUCUGGACCUGCCGGACCACCUGGAUCUCCUGGCAGAGGGAGAAGCGGCGCUGCAGGACUUCACGGAACCAACGGGUACCCGGGCGGAGUCGGGCCGCGAGGUUCCUCGGGUGCUGAGGGUCCUCCGGGACUUCCCGGACCUUCCGGCUCCGACGGCCCCCCGGGUCUUCCCGGGACCCUUCAGGAUCUGAGCGGUGACCUCCUGUGUCCGGCCAUCUGCCCCUCCGGCCCCUCGGGUCCUUCUGGGAUGCCGGGCUUCAAGGGUCACACGGGGCAUAAAGGAGACAAGGGAGAGGUCGGGAAAAAUGGAGAGAAGGGCGACGCCGGUCCAUCCGGCCCACCAGGUAUUCCUGGGACCGUGGGUCUGCAGGGCCCCCGGGGUCUCCGAGGUCUCCAAGGCACGAUGGGAUCCAUCGGGAGCAGAGGUCUGCCCGGUUACAGAGGCAAACCUGGCAUCGCCGGCGUCAUCGGGAAGACAGGCGACGCCGGGGUGACGGGACCGCGGGGAUUCAGAGGACCCAAGGGAGAGAUUGGUAAAAUUGGCCCCAAAGGAGGUCCUGGGGGAUCUGGACCCAAAGGGGAGCCUGGUAUUCCCGGCAGAGACGGCAAAGACGGGACACCGGGAUUAGACGGCGAGAAGGGUGAUGCCGGACGCCACGGUGCCUUCGGAGAGAAAGGACCCAACGGACUUCCCGGUCUACAAGGGAAGGCUGGCUCUAAGGGCUCGAAAGGAGAAUUUGGCGAUGCGGGGAAGGACGGGGAGACGGGACCCUCGGGGGAGCCAGGUAUUCCUGGUGAUAUCGGCGUCCCAGGAGACCGGGGGAUAGCGGGACCCAGAGGCGUGGCGGGCGGCAUCGGGCCGACGGGCAACGCAGGACCACAGGGAGGGAGAGGCUUCCAGGGGGUAACCGGAGCCUUGGGGGAUCCAGGUCUUCCGGGUCCAACAGGGAUCCGUGGGGAGUUUGGAGAACGGGGUCCAGUUGGAGCCCUCGGCGCUAAAGGAGACAUGGGCCUGGCAGGAAGUGACGGCCUACCAGGAGAGAACGGAGAACCUGGUCCUUUUGGCCCGGUUGGACAAAAAGGAGGGGCUGGAAAGCGGGGUGAACUCGGACCGAAGGGCGUGCCGGGUCCACAGGGAGAGUUUGGGUCAAGAGGGCGUCCAGGAAAAACGGGAAUAAUGGGCUUCCAAGGGGAGCAGGGUCUGCCUGGAAUUGCAGGAAAGACCGGCGUACCUGGUAAACUGACGAGCGAGCAGCACAUCAGAGAGCUGUGCGGCGCGAUGGUCGACGACCAGAUCGCCCAGCUGGCGGCGAACCUCCGAAGACCGCUGGCCCCCGGGAUGGUGGGUCGGCCCGGCCCCGCGGGGACUCCGGGAAAGACCGGCGUCGUCGGCUCCAUCGGGCAUCCGGGUCUCCGCGGACCGUCGGGCUACACGGGCCAGCCGGGAGAACUCGGAGACCCGGGUCCCAGAGGUAAUGUUGGUGAGCAAGGCGAUAAGGGAUCCUUUGGCAAAGCUGUGGAUGGGCCCACUGGGGACCAAGGACACCAAGGUCAUCCGGGAGCACUCGGAAUUGUCAAAGACGGGCGCGACGGAUCUCCCGGAGAUCCGGGUGAGCCCGGAGAGUCCGGCAGGGCGGGGAGGACCGGGCACCAGGGUCCUCCCGGAAUCUGUGACACGACCGCCUGCCAGGGAGCGUCGGCCGCUGGGAAAUCCUCCAACCCCAAAAACCAUUAAACACGACUUCCUGCAGCCUGAUGUCCACCCGCCCCGAAAACGAAAAAGGAGGACGGGUGAUAAGCGAAGGAAGGAAGGAAGAGCGAUCACACGAAAAUGUCCUCUUUAUUUAAAUAAAUAUAUCACAAGAUGGGAAGAGUAACAUCAAACAGGUGAUAUUUGGAGAGGAAUGGAGGGAACGUCCCCGGAGUGACAUGAACACGAGACAAAAAACAUCAAGAUGACAUCCAGCGGCACAGAAGAGUCCAAGAGAUCAACUGCAUCGCUCCAUGUAUGACAGUGUUUCACAUAACAAGACUUGACCUACAAACAACGGGAACAUUAAUGAGUCCUUUGGUGUAUAGAAACUUUGUACAUGUCGUUGCCAUGCCCCAAUUACCUUGGUUACCAUCUUUCUGGCAGACGACCCUCUUAAAAACAACAGCGACCGCCUCUGAAGUGAAUGCAUCGUGGCCCAUGAGUGUAAAUCACAGGUGUUACCUCAACAUACACGCCAACAGUGUAAGAUAUGGAAAUAGGCGACAGAGCUAAGAAAAAAAGCGUCCGUCAAGGAGCUGUGUAUGAAUUGUAAAAGGAAUAAAAAACAAAUAACAAGGUGCCUAGAAAUUGUAAAAUUUAAACUUAUUAUAGUCUUUUUUUCUUUUUCUUUUUUUUACAGCUUCUUUGUUUUUCAAUUACAUGUGAAGUUGAUUUUCUAGGUUUGACAAUAAAAAAACACAAUAAAACAUGUGGAUGCAUAAAACAGACAUUGUAAAAUAAAUUAAAUAAUCUUAGGAGCAGUUU